UUUUCUAUAGCAUUACUGCCUGUUUUAUUUUUUUGUUUUAUAUUUUUGCACAUGAGUUUGAGUAUGCCAUUUUGAACUUGUCUUAAAAUGUGUUAACUAGAUUUCAUCUUGGGUUUUUUGGUUAUAUUGAGGUGGUUUUAAAAUGCUAAUCUUGUCUUUCCAAAGGGCUUGCAGUACAAUCUGUCUUACAAAUGCAUAAGGGAAAGAAUAAUGGGAGAGAACAAAUAGAAUGGCAUUUUUUCUCUAUGAGAAAGCCCCAUUGUGUCCAUCAAUGUAGUUACUAAUUAAAACUUGUAUGAUAAAGAAAUGGUUUGGGGUUGGGGUUUUUUACUUGUUUUCAGAAAAGAGGAAUAUUGCUUUUUGCAAUGGCUACUUUCCUUCAAGGCAUUUGAAGAAACAAUUUUAAGAUCUUCGAGGGAUGUCCUUCCUUGCCAUAUCCAUCAGUUGUCUGAGAAGAGCUCUUACUCACUUAAAGCAGUUGAGCUUUCAAUAUUCAAGGGGGCAACAUUUUUGUGACCUUGAGCCUGAAUGGUUGGAUGGUGUGCAGAAAAAUGGGGAAUUAUUUUAUUUAGAAUUGAGCGAAAGUGAAGAAGAAACUCUGCUUCAGAACAGCUGUCCAGAAAUGCCAGCAGUGAAUCAUGUCAGGUUUCGUGAAAAUGAAGCUGAAGUUAUUCAAGAGGGAUCACGAAAAGAAAGAAAAUACGAACUGAAGAAAUGGACCAAAAUAUUAAAAAAGAAGAAUCUUUUACCAAAGCAUUCUAGUAAGAAAGGCAGUGGAAGCUGUAAUGCACACUCCACUGCUCCGGCUUCCAUAUUGAAACACCAAUCUGCUCAGAAAAUGGGUGUCACUGUUCAGCAAAAAUACAAAGAUAUAUAUGUGUAUGUAAAUCCCAGAAAACUGUACAGUGCUGGAGAGGAUGAGCAGCACAGGCUGCUGGAGGCCUUAGUAGGGAUUGUCCAUCAGUCUUCAUGGAGCAGCAGACGAGCAGAAAAACAAGGCAGGAAGGAUAAAGCAAUCAGAGGAAUUGGUGAAGAGAAGCUUGUAGUACAUGGCUUGGUGCCAGGUAGUUCUGCAAUGAAAACGGGUCAAAUCUUGAUUGGAGAUGCUCUAGUUGCUGUAAAUGAUGUUGAUGUGAAUUCUGAAAACAUAGAAAGGGUUUUGUCUUGCAUUCCAGGUCCUAUGCAGGUUAAACUAACAUUUGAAACAUCAAUAUUUGAGCCUGAAGGAACUUCUCAGCAAAGGUCUAAACGGGCACAGUCAAGUAUGAAAAACCUGGUUCGGCUCUUGUGGGGAGAAGAUAGUACAGACCUUCAACAGGCUAUACAAGACGUGCCUCACAUUGUUAUGUUCCUCACAAUGAAACUGGACUCUGAAACAUCUAAGGAUGAGCAAGAAAUUCUUUAUCAGUACCCUGUAUCAGAAGCAUCCCAAAAACUGAAAAGUGUGAGGGGAAUAUUUCUCACACUAUCUGACAUACUGGAAAGUGUAACUGGUACCCAGAUUAUCAGUUCCUCCCUUUUCUUAUGUGGAAAACUGGUUCAAGUUGUUUACUGGAAAGAAUCUGACAAGUUGCUUGUAAUUGGCCUUCCUGAAGAGAAUGUGCCACUUCCUCAGCUGAGGAACAUGAUUGAAGAUGUUGUCAGCACCUUGAAAUUUAUGUACAGUUCUUUAGACAGUGCUUUUUGCCAGGUGGAAAAUGUUUCUCGCCUGGAUCAUUUUUUCAACCUGUUCUUCCAGCGUGCGCUUCAGCCUGCAAGGCUGAAGUCAAAUGCUAGCCCCAGUGCUCAGCACUAUGAUACCUGCAGCGCGUUAUUCUUAGACAACCUCCCAGGCUUGCGCUGGCUGACGUUGCCUCAGGAAAUCAAGAUGGAAAUUGACACAGCACUGAGUGAUCUGGAAGCUGCUGACUUUGCAGAGCUGUCUGAAGAUUAUUAUGACAUGAGAAGAUUAUAUACGAUUAUGGGCUCUUGCCUCUUCUACAAGGGUUACUUGAUUGGUAAUCACUUGCCAAAGGAAGAUCUUAUUGAUAUAGGUUUAUAUUGUCGGCACUAUUGUCUGUUACCCUUGGCAGCAGAGCAGAAGAUUGGUCAGUUAGUGAUAUGGCGAGAAGUAUUUCCACAUCAUCAUAUCCAGCCAUGUGAAGCUUCAAGUUUUACAGGAUACAGGGAACCUGAAGCAAGAUACUUUUUACUGAUAGUUGGCUUGAGACACUUCAUGCUGUGUGUCCUGCUAGAGGCAGGAGGCUGUGCAUCAAAAGCCAUUGGGAAUCCGGGACCAGACUGUAUAUAUGUCGAUCAGGUGAAAGCCACUAUACUUCAACUGGAAGGAAUAGAUGCCAGCAUAGAGGAAAGGCUAGAUUCUCCUUCCAUUCCACCUUUAUCUUGUGCUGACUGGUUCCUUCCUGCAACACGUGACAAACUGGAGAGCUUGACCACCUCACCCAUCCUAAGCAAGAUACAAAAUACUUCCAAAUCAGUAACCACUCCAGCAAGCAAAAGGACCCUGUUUGGUGACUCCUCCACAAUGACACGUAAGCCGAGCCCUACAGGAAGCAGUGGAGGACCCAACCACGGUGACGAAGGUCCUGCAGAAGAUGAAAGCAGUAAUCCACAGUCUGUAGUGGAUCAGGCCACUAGAAAAAAACAUACCCUACCAAAUCCAUUUCAUUUAGGAAACCUCAAAAAGAACCUUUCAGAGAAAGAUACAGAACUUCUUAAUGCUAUCAAGUUGACAUCUGGUCCUGAGAAUACCCUCUUCCACUACCUGUGUUUGGAAACGAUGCAAGGAAUUUUUAUUACUCCAACUCACAAAGAAGUAGCACGGCUCGGUGGCUCCAUCCACCCUCAGCUAAUUGAGAAUUUCUAUCGUUGCUGUCUUUCAAUUCGUUCCGUUUUUCAGCAGUCCAUGAGGAAAGAAAAAAUGAAAAAAGCAGGUGGUGGGAUUUCAGAAUUCGGUAAGGCAGCUGAGGACCUUGAUAUGGUGAGAGAGCAUGGUGUUUUGUUCGAGUGCUCUCCUGAUAACUGGACUGAUCAGAAGAAACCACCACCAACAAUGAAUUACUGGGUUGUGGGGAGACUCAUUCUACAUCCAAAACCUCAGGAGUGUUAUGUCUGUUUUCAUGACUCAGUCACAGAAGCUGCUGUUGAACUGGCCUUUAAACUGUCCUUCGGCUUAACUACAUAGAUGAGCUUCCUGAGCAUUCAUUCAGCCAUCCUGCAGGGUGUUGUCAUCUCUUUAAAGUACUUCAAUACAAAGAGAAAUUAACUCUACUGUGGUGCCCACCCAUGGCGUAUCUUUGAACUGCUCUUUAAAAAAUAAAUCUAUUAUACCUUGUGGUAUGACACAGGUAAAAACUUCAGUGAUGAUUCUUACAAUCUCAUGCUUCAACAGAUUUCAGAGAACCGAAGUUCUUUUUUUGUAUGCUGUUGAAUUAUUUAUCCUGAUCAUAACUUUAUUAUAUGACAUCACAUAAUUUGUACAUUCACUGCUGUUCAGUGUAUCAUAUGCAAUGUAAAAUGAUAAGCUGAUAUCCUCAAAGUACUCUCUGAAUAUGUGGCAAUUGGUGAUGGAGGGGGCAGAAAAAAAAAGUUUUUCCAAUUAAUUAAAAUUUGUGCCUCUGUGGGCAUGAAAAAUACUGAAUGUUUUCAGUAACGCUGUGUUAAUAAAAACAGAAAGAAAUCUUUUAGCCAAUUCAUGGCACACAAAACUAAUGACAUCGUUUUUGCCAGUAUGGUCUCCUGCACACUCGAGGCCUAUAGUGUGGUUAAUGUUUUACUUGACCUCAUGAGUUUUAACUAUAAAUAAUACUUACUUCUUAAAACACAAUUUUGAAGGCACAAAACAAGAUGCAGGGCAGGAGGAUGAUGUUUUUAAGACCUAUGCAUGGACUCAGCUUAUUUUAUAUUCAUAGUUUCAUAAUAAAAAAAUGUAUAUUUGUCAAAGACCAGUAAACCGUUAUUCUAUUUUUUUACUUAAAAUACUUUCUCUUUUGUUUAUUUAAACAAUAUUUGUUUAGCUAAAUCUUCCACAAUUUACAGGUGGAUAUUAUAAAACAUGUUACGUUACAUCUGUAUAAGGCAAGAGAAGGCAAGAUAUUUGUAAAAUCAGAAUUUUCUGCAACAUUCAGCUUUCCUACAAAUUGUUAAAAUGUUUAUAACCUAUAGGCCAGCUGCUCCUAAAGCUUUUUUUUUUUUACUAAAGUUUAGUUUAAAAUGCAAGUGUUCUUGGGGUCUUUUUACCCCAGCCAGCAUAUUUAGAUCUGGUCAUCUGCAUAGCAUUUCAUCUUGUUUCAUGUUAACAAUGCAUUUUUUUCUUUUUUCUGCUAUUUCUACUUGCUUUUCAUGAGUGCUUUUCAUAAAAUGCAUGACUAAAGUUACAUUUUAAACAGGAUCAAAAAGUUUAAGUAUUCAUGAAACUAGAUUCAGUUCCAUAGGCUCUUAUGAUCAAAUUUUUAGAUCUUGUUUUCACUAGUAAAUUACACUGUUUAGAGUAGUUCUGAAGUAGUCAAUCAAAUGCUUUUAACUGCCCACUCUCACAGAGUGAAUCACAGCUUAUUCUGAAACACUCAACAAUUGCUUUAAUUCUGAGCAGUAGAAGUCUUAGGCCUGAAGCUUAAGCAUAUGAUUGAAGAUUUUGAUAAUCAGCCUUCUCCAGAAUUUAUGGGUCCUAGAUGAGAAAUAGGUGGUAUUUCAGUUUGAGACAUACAAAACUGAGUUAUAUCAAUAGUGCUUUAGAUUUGUUCCCCAUCUGUACAUGAAGUGAUGUGAGAUUUACUGUUUGAAAAAUAAAAAUAUGCAAUAGCAUGGAUGACAUCUGAACAGCGCCUUUUAAAAGUUUAAAAUACACAGGGUUUGAGUAUUAGAUUUUGUUGUAGAUGGAAGAAGGAACAUAGAGAAGCAGGCAGGCUUUAUUGCAUUGCCAUUAGCACGUUUACAGAACCUGUAUGUGUGGGCACAUAAGUCUGUAUCUGUAUGGAAAACGGUAAUUUUGCUGAUGUUUGUCUCUUGUUUCAGUCUUUUAAAGGCUGGGCUGUAUGGUUUUAAUGCUAAAAAAGAAAAUAUUCAAGUGCUUUGAGAAGAGGACAGCCAACUUUUGUCUAGAUCCUUGUGUUUAGUCAGACCUAGGUUACUCUGCUGCCAGUGUAGUGGGUUAAAACCCAGUUGUCUCAGCUGGGCCAAACACACAACUGCAUCAAUGCAGAAGAAACUGUCAGUAUGUAGAUGUGUGUGGAGAAAAGAAUAGCUGAAGGAGGGUGGGACUUCUUUGGUACCAAUCAGCUAUUUGGAUUGACUUGCUCCUUCCUAAGAAACUGUACCUGAAACAGAAUGAAGGGCAUCCAGGUAUAGUACAAUUUUUAUACUCAAAGCAGUGUAGUUCAGCAACAAACUGCUUCAAAAUUUGCAUUAAUUGUGUUGAUACUACACUUAAGGAGAUUUUUAUCGAUUACUCUGUUAGUCAACUGAGCAGAAACUGUAUUUUUCAGAUUUUCAAGAGUAUGUUUAAAAAGAGCCCCAAAGGAUGAUAGUAUUUCAUUUCCUGCAGAACAGAUUUUUAUCAGCUGUCUUUGACACAAAUCUUGUAGCUUUGUAAUUUUCAGAAAGAUUAUAGCUGUGAAUCAGUGUAUGGAAAUAACGUUAAAAGGAACAGAUACAGAGAAGCUACAAAAGGAGUUAAAAUGGUUGUAUUAAGGCUCGAAAUAAAUUAAUUUCUUUUGCCUUUAUUAUGUAUAAAAACUGUGAGCAAAGCAAUGUUGUGUACAACACUGAAUGAAUGAAGCAGCAGGUUUAAAAUUACUCAUGUCAAGGGAAUGGCAGAAACAAAAGUUAGCAUUUAAAAGCUUCCAAAAAUUAAACCGACUGAAUAAAUACGGUGUUUCAUGCCUUCGUUAGUCAUUAAGUCAGGAGACAUAAGGGAGGUAAAGCAAUUAAAAAAACAAUGCUACCAGCAAUCUAGAAGGAAUUGGUACUUCUGACCUGCAAUAGAACAGGUAUAAAUAACAUGACUGAAAUUCAUUUACUUGUCAUAUAUAAUGUUUAUUAACCCAUAAUUCAAUAUGAUCAAAACCAACCCUUUGUUACCUGGAUUUUUAUUCUCUAGUUCCUGGUGGGGGAGAGGGGCCAUUUCCCACAGUUGACAGGGGCUUCUGGAAAGUUCCCGAUGUCUCUGGAAGGUUUGUGGCCUGCGGUGCCAGGAGGGUGGCCCUCCCUGGCAUGGACCCGUGGAGCAGAAGCAAAGGGCGUGGGUUCUGGGCCUAGCUGCCCCUUGCGGCUCAGCUCUGGGGUACCCUGAGACCAUCAACUUAUAAUUUUUUGAGGAAACAGAAGCCACUUAGGGGCCCACCAGCCAUGUGCCUUUCAGGAAGGGGAGGAAACA